AUGACCUCCUCUGGCACUGAUAGUCAAGUGCCUGCGGCGCCCAUUGCUAGUCCUUCCAGCGGUGAUUCUUCGACGGCACUCUUUGCUCAACUAAACAUCAACGGCAACAAUGAAGUGGCUGCUGCCGCUCCAGUAGUCACCAUUGCAGCUCCUACUGCAUCACCUGUCAUCGACUCGACGGUGCACUUGUGGCAUCUACUGCAACUAUUCCAACCCCACCCAGUAACUACCACACCCCCAGCCAUUGUCGCUGCUACUGUAACUCACACGCAGGCUCAUUGUGGGGUGAUUUAUAUCACUCCUGAGCCAAAUUCCGCUGGCCCUUCUACUGGAUCAGCCGUGGGCGUCACAUUGGUGUUGUUGCGACUUGUAUUACAGGCAGUGGACAUCCACCUAUGUGACCGGGAUGUUAGUACCAUGUAUGAACGCUUCUCUCGACUGGUGAAUCAUUUUGAGAUUAAUGCUGGCUGCUCGCACUGGGAAAUCGAAAUGUUGGAACACUUCAAAUAUAAACUCUCGGAUGAAACUCCUCCCUGCUUGUCUAAAGGGUUUCCAUAA